AAGGACUAUAAAAUCAAAUUGUUUGUGAUAGAAACUGCCGGGUUUUAUUUGUCAGUAGACAGUGACCUGUACGAAAUAGUAACCGAACUUUCUCUGUAAACUUUUAUCUUUACAGUGAUAUAAAAUUCUAGUAUUUAAAGUAGCUAAUUUUACCGUAUACAAGCUAUAACACGAUCCUAUUUUGCUCUCGCUCCAUCCUUGUGAAUUAAUCAGCUGUUGCGGCUGUCACCGAACUUGUUUACUAUUUGCGACCUCCGCUUGCCUCUUUAGGAUAUCAUUUCAGUUAUUUUCAUUAUGUAUGCCUGACGAAACGUGCUUAUUGUGGGUGCGAAAAUGGAUGAUCCUGUCGUGAAGGUUCAGCCACCAGAAAAAAAGCCAGUGUGGAUGAAUUCUAUUGCUUUAGGCCGUGCAGCUUACCAGCCUACAAAUGUGGAACACUGGGCCAACAUGGUCACACAUGGGGUGUUUGUACUGCCAGCUGUAUAUGGGGCUGUAAUGAUGGUCAUGGCUAGCCGUUCUGAUCUGCACCAGUUGGCAGCUACAAUUUAUGGGAUUGGAUUAGCGGGACUUUUUAGCGUUUCAACUAUCUUCCAUAUUGUCUUCUAUGUUGGGUAUUAUAAGAACUUGAAAGAAGUGUUGCAUCGAAGUGACCGUGCAAUGAUAUAUGUUUUUAUUGCCAGCUCAUAUACUCCUUGGCUACUUCUCAGACCUCUUCCACUUGACUCCUGGACUCUCCACCUCAGGUGGGGAAUCUGGGUGUUAGCAGUUCUUGGCAUUAUGUAUCAGCAACUCUUCCAUGAAAGGUUUAAGAUGUUAGAAACAAUUUUCUACCUCAUUAUCGGCAUUCUCCCAUCUCUUGCUGUUAUGGAUAUGGAUGACCACUCUGGAUUGGAAGAAUUGAAGUUAGGAGGAGCUAUAUAUGUGAUCGGGGUAAUUUUCUUCAAGCUUGAUGGACGAGUCCCGCUUGCCCAUGCUAUUUGGCAUUUAUUUGUUGUUUUAGGAGCCUUUAUUCACUACUAUGCUGUCCUUACAUAUUUAAUAUUGCCACCUCAUCAUGAACCAUUAUCUUUAGCUUCAGAUGAAGCAGGUGAGAAUGACGAGUUGUUAAAAGGACAUUGUGACAUUUCCACUCCAGAUUGCUUAGAUACUAUAUAGUUACAGUAUUCUCAUAAAUGCAGAAAAACUAGUUUUUACAGAGAUUACAGUUGUUUAAUGUCUUCAUGAUAGUAUACUAAUAGUUUCAUUACAUGACUUAGCUCAUCUUGCUCUCUGGGAUAUUACCAAAGAAAGAAGACAUGUUCACAAUAGUUUUAAAGAUACGUACAUUGUUUUCUGGUGAUAUACAUAUAUGAUACAUAAAUUAAAAGCACAUAAAAAAUGCAAGAUAUUUUACAAGAGAAGAAUUCAUGUAUCACUAGAAGUAGAAAUAUUAAGAAACCAGUUGUUAGUAGUUUUCAUGUUCACCUUGUUACAUUGCUGGAUAUACCCAUGAGAGACAAGUGUUACACACCAACAUUUAAAAUGAUGGUGUCUAAAGAUCCCCAUGUUACUCAAAGUAGUUGGUAGCUACCCUAACAUGUCUUACCUCUUAACAGUUACUGAUGAUUCUAUAUUGUUUUCCAUACUAAUUGUGCCAAUACAUUUCCAAGAUAUAGUAUUGUAGUGAAUUAUUGCAGUUGACAGUUGCACAAGGUUAUCCCCAGAUAUAAGAUUUGGUUUUUUGUAACUCCAGCACAGUAUUUGCAUUGAGUAAGAUGUUAUAAAUUGAAAUAAUUACAAUAUAUAAGAAAUUCAAAGUCAGCUUGACUUAAAGCAUAUCACAAGAGAAUUAGUGGCUUGUUGCAGUUAUGUUGAACAUUUUGGGAGUGGCAUGCAGGCAGACAAUGGGCAAAGGUUCUUAGUUGUUAGACUUAGAUUUAAAGUAAAUUUUGCUUUGUCAGUUGACUGUUUUCCUUGAAUUGAUUAGAAUUUGUCUGGCUUCACUAAGAUUCCAAGAGCUCAACUCUGAUGUUGUAAAAAGUGACUGUGUUAUGAGUAAUAGAUAUUUAUGGUGGUCGGAAACUGUAAUGAGGAUCAGAUUUUGUUGUUAAGCCUCAGAUUCAAACUACAUAAUGGACUUAGUAUGUAUGUCAUGUAACUUUUUAAUAUUUUCUAAAUAACUUUGUAAUGGUGACAGCAAGCUGUUAUUUCUAUACUUGGGCUUAAAAUUUAUGACUGUGUGUAAGUAGUAGUAGUAAAAUACAAGCAAAUGGCAAAAUUUAUGACUGUAUGUAAAUAGUAGUAGUAAAAAUACAAGCAAAUGGCAUACAUACCUACAAAAAUUCCAUAAAGAUUUUAGAUUUUUUAUAAACAAUUGUUUUUGGCAUUUUACUUUUGAAACAAAACUACAGGGACUCAUCACUUAUCAGCAGCAUAUAUUAAUGGUGCUUUCGGUUUUACAAUGAUUGGCUAACAAGGUUGUUAACCAAGUUUUCAGCGCUGGUAAGCGAUUUAUGGUGCCAGUAAGCAGUUUAUUGGUGUUGGUAGGUGGUUUAUUAGUGUCUGUAAAGAUUUUCAGCAUCAGUAAGUGGUUUAUCAGCGCCUAUGUUGUCAUAAACAGCAUCUAUUACCAUAAUUACUGUUAUGUUCUGGUUAACAAUGAUUUUUGGUUAUCAGUGCUCGACCAGGAACAGUGUUCUUAACUGGGGACUUCCUUAUAUCUAAUUUUCUGCAGUCCUAAAUUUCCUUUUAUCUCUUGAGCAGUGUAAAAGCCUUGGGGUGUAGGUACACUAUUCAUCAAGAAUUAAGCAUUAUGCACUACAGUAGUAUAUACUUUAUUUAUUACAUAGGCAGUGCAAAGGUUUGUGCAUUUUAUAUUCAUAUAGUACUGCUACAUGUCUUGUGGAGAAUUCCACACACUAUUUAGGGGAGUUUUGGUAAUUUUUCACCUUCAGCAAUAAUUUUGUCAUUUCAGCAGAAUUAUGAACAGCAUAUUUUAAAAUGAAAAAAGCAGUACCUCUUCAGUAAAGUUAUCCUUUAAUUAAAGUUUUAGUGAGCGUUGAUCAAUGUUCUCACAAUCAGGGCUGUUUGCUAUGUGCAAGAGUUAGUUAUUCACUUAUUUAAAAAUAAUAGGUUGAUAUGAACUAUAAAAUACAGUACAACAAACUUAGUCCCUGCCCAUUUAAUGAGCCAAAGUUAUGAAGGUACUGAGGAAAUGGGGUAAAGAUAGUCCUUUGCCAAUUAGAAUUGAAUAUUUUAUAAGUCUUGCAUUUUGUCUCCCAUAACUUCUAGUACCCUGCCAUUGGGUGGGUGGCUUCAGGAAACAACAUUUUUUUAUUAGCAUGUUAUUCAAUGCUUAAGCCUUGGUGUUGCUUCUAAUUAAAUUAAGUAGGUAUUCUUACCUCUUAAUUGCUCCCUUAAUUCUUUAUGCUGUCUGGAAUUAUUUUUGGAUGAUGACCUCUGCUUGGCUAUGAUGGCUCUUAGAACACUAAAAAGGGUGAGGAUGGAUGGCCUGUCACCUCAUCUGGAAUUUGAGUAGCUGACAUUAAGCAAGGUGAAAAACUAAUGCCAAGCUCAUCCUGUUGUUCUGGGUUUGAUCUCAACAGACUAGUGACCUUCCUGGCACUGGGAACUUUGUUUAUAUUUAGACAUAACCCUAAGGUAGCCUUCAGGAAAGGGCUCAUCUUUUUAUGAGAUAUUAUUAAAAACAUACUUGCACAAAAUGUUCUAUACAGUAUUUAAUUGUUUCAGAAGUAGCUCAUCAAAAUUGUUCCAAAAAUCCUUUUGUCCAACAGAUCAAGUUUUCCUACCCAAAUGUGACAGGAAGACUAUAAAUGUUGAAAUAUAUUGGUUCUACUUUAAAGGAAAUUAGUGCUGAUUAACCCUUUAACGCCGAUUGGACGUAUUAAACGUCGACUAAAAUUGUCUGUCGUAUGCCGAUUGGACGUAUACGUCGACGAAAAAAAAGUUUUUUUUUUAAAUUCGCAGAAAAAUAAUUAUAGGCCUACUAGGCGAAAACUUUUGAAGCACGCGCCUUGGGGGAUGCUAGGAGCUCACGGAUCAAGGCGUUUUGUUUACAAUCGUUAAUCAGGCGCGCAAGCGCGAAUUUCUUUCUUCUCGCACUAAAAAGCAUCAGCGAUACAUCUCGGAAAUUAUUUUGUCACUGACAUAAUUUUUGCACCAUUUUAUAUUAGCCGUUACAUAAAGUUUUACAUAUGAAAAUGUGCACAAUUUCAUUAGAAUACAACAAAAAACAACCCAUGGUUGUAGCUUUUAUAAGUUUUGAAAUAUUUUCAUAUAAAUAACGAUGUGCCAAAAUUUCAACCUUCGGUCAACUUUGACUCGACCGAAAUGGUCAAAAAACACAAUUGUAAGUUAAAACUAUUACAUUCUAGUAAUAUUCAAUCAUUUACCUUUAUUUUGCAACAAAUUGGAAGUAUCUAGCACAAUAUUUCGUUUUAUGGUGAAUUUAUGAAAUAAGCUCUUUCCUUUCGUCGGCACGGUAACUCUUCCGAAAAAAUAAUAAAUUUUUUGUCCGAUUGUGCUAAUGUUUGCACCUUUUUAAAUUAGCUGUUACAUAAAGUUUUAUAUAUGAAAAUGUGUGCAAUUUCAUGUAGAAUACAACUAAAAACAACCCAUGGUUGUUGCUUUUAUCAGUUUUGAAAUAUUUUCAUAUAAAUAACGAUAAAUAGAAAAAAUUAGUCCUGCGGUCAACUUUAACUCGACUGAAAUGGUUGAAAACUGCAAUUGUAAGCUACAACACUUACAGUCUAGUAAUAUUCAAUCAAUUACCUUAAUUUUGCAAUAAACGGGAAGUCUCUAGCACAAUAUUUCGAUUUAUGGUGAAUUUUUGAAAACCGCUUUUUUUUACGUCUGCGCGUUACGAAUUCAUGCAUCAUUUUGUGAUAAUAUUUUCCCUAUGUUGACUUGAUCGUUUCACAAUGUGUUAUGUACCAAAAUGAUUGCAAUUUAGUGUACAAUACAAAAAAAAUUAACUCGUUACCUUUAACUGUUUUGCUCACAGCGUGAUUUGUAUACAAUUAUAUAUGAAUUUUUUUUUUGUGCUGUCAUAUAUCCCAAUAUUUAUAUAUGAUAAUGAUAUUUUUUUUCAGUUCUGAUGGUUGCAUACUAAACUUCAGGCAAUGAAAAAAAAAGGAGCCAAAAAUGAACUCUUAAUCUUGAAAACCACGCGUGGUGUGAUUUAAAAAAAAAAAACAUUUUUUCCGCUUCUGCGCUCACUCGCGAAUGCCGCCGGCAUACGGGAGACGAUUUUUAAAAUACCGCUUCGGCGUUUAAGGGUUAAUCAGACUCCUAAAAUUAUUUGACAAGAUCUAAUAUGCUUGCCUGAUAUUUGUUAAUUAUAUAUCUAAAACCCAUCAUCAUUUAAUAAAUGACAGGCAUCAUGAAUAACAAGUUAAAAGAGAAUAAACCAAGUGAUAGAUUGUGAUGUUCUUGCCUAAAAGGAUGCCUCAUUGGAGUAAUACUAUCCUGACUUCGAAGUAGUCAUGCUCCUUUCACCCAUAGGCAUUUGGUGAAUAACCCACACACAACAAUCUUUGAAUGCAGAUAAUACAGAUCUGCACUUAGAAUCAAACAAAUUUUGAGUAAGUGUCCAAUUUUUUAACCAACAUUAUGGGAAGCAAAUCCUUGAAAAAAAUUUUUUCAGAAUCUUCAAAACUGUUUAUCCAAUUAUUGAAUAUUUACUUUGUUGCAAUAUGAUAGAUUAGAUUAAUUUGUUUAUUAGAAACUCUCUUUAAGGCAGGACCAUGGUCUGGUUAAACUGGUUUUUAAUACUAAUGAUAAUUUACAUUACAUAAUCAAUCACAAUCAGCAGUGAGUAACAACAAUAGGAUUUAAAUGUUUGUCAAUAUGUGGCAAAUUAGUUACAAUAUUUUUCAGACUUCAAAAUCUUAAUAUAUGUAUUUUUAAAAUUUUAUUAGUAAAGCUUGGACUCGCUUUAGUGUUAAGCUCUUGGACUGUCUAAUUUACAUGUAAUCUUUACUUUACUUCCUGCAAUGGGUCACCUUUUAACUUACAAGUGAUCGUAAAUUAAUGAUAAGUGUUUUGGAUUUGUAGAAUUUUUCAUUGGUAUUGGUUAUCAAAGCAAUUUUGCAGUUUGACAAUGGAAAUCAACUGUUUUAGUCCUCUUUAAGAACACAGAGUAAUAGAUUAGCAGUAUAGAUUAAGAAAGUGUAUUGAUUUAUUAAAGUGAGAAGAGCAAUAAUCUACUUUAUAACUGGAAUUUGUACACAAGAAUGUAAUACCUGUAUAUAUAUUUUGCCGGUGGUUUUGGCAGUAAGCAUUUACAAAUGUAUUGUGCACAAUAAGUGAUAUACAUAUUUGUUGUAAAUUAUUUGAAAAACAAUGAGGUAGAAAUUUUGGUUUUAUGUAGCAUAACAACAUGAGAAUAUGAAUUCUGAAAGAACAUUUUAGCAUCAAGGGGAAAAGUAGUAUUUAUCCCAAAUGUAUCCAGUGAAUAACUUUCUUACAAGAUAUUACAUAUUUUACGUAGAUAGAAAGUAAUUUGUUAUCCAUCAGCAUUAGAUGCAGCUGGCAGACCAUUUGACAUGAUAUGGGCCAAAGUUGUUUUCAUGGUAAAUGUCAAAAAUGUCAAGAACCAAGCCUUCAUUGUAGCAGGUAAAAACAGAGGAGAUAUGGGAAUUACUUGAGUGCUGAUUUUGACACACAAAAAAGAAUCAGUUUCCUAAUAUCCCUUGUUUGGUACAGUAUGUCAGCUUCAGCACUGUUUUUUAAGGUAUUUUUUAAACAUAACUUGAAACUGGCAAGCAAUUUAUUAUGAAACCUUUCAGCAGGUGAUUAUUUUACCUCAUUGGCUGUGAAAAAUACUAUAUGAAGACUCAUAGUUAAUGUUUCUCCCCAGAAAACCUGUAUUUGAGAGGAUUACCAAUUUCAGUCUGUGAAACUUCAGUAUCUAGUUUUUCUGUUUCUUUUGUAAUUUAUGGUAAUUGAAAAUGGGCAUCACAACUUCUAGGUUAUUGCAGUAUCUAGUUGAGAAGUGGUUCUCAGAAUUUAAUAAUCAAAAUACCUUUUAAUAUAAUUUUAGGGUGUAAAUACACAAAUAAGUUAAUGGGUUGAAAUAAGCCUAAACAAUAUAUUUAUUAUAAACUACGUGUUUAUUAUUUAAGUUUACAUACAUGUGUUUAUAGAGCAUUAGUAAUACAGAAGACCUUUCAAAAUUAUUGAAGCAGUCAAGUAAUGUAUCUGUAGUAUGUAACUUUAAUUGCAAGGGAACCAACAGUCCCUUUAUUUGUUAAUUUUCUUGUGGAUCAUCGUUCCUUGCAUGUAUUGAGUUGCCAGUGACUAAGCUAAGCUUCAGAUUACUAUAGGUCUUGUCUUUUUGUAUUUUAGAAUGUCGAUACACCCUUUCCCACUGCAGCUGGAGAGUAAUGCUGUCUGUUUGGUAGGAAGGAACUGCUUUUCUCAUAUAAGUAUGUCUACUUUUCUCAUAUAUAUAUUUGCAUUGUAUUGGCAGAGGUACGUUUCUUCUGGGGCUAACUAGCUUUCUUAUUUCAAAUAAUUUGCUGUAUAUCACUGCCAGACAACCAGAGGGAUCUGCAGUGUGGGCACAAUAUGUUACACUUCCCACUGUUAUGUAUUACAUUGGAACAUCGGUUUUUGUAUGUAAUCUGCUCCUGAACGUUACAUAGAGUCCAAAAUGUAUGAAAUCCAAAACAAUAAUUCCCUUAAGGAAUAAUAUAAAUCCAGUUAAUGUAUUCCAGACACCUAAAAAGAUUAACAAAAAUUAUAUUUUAUAGAGAAUAAACAAGUUUUACAUGCAGAAAGCAAUGAGAAAUAAAUAUAAAUGACUAAUGAAAUGGAUAAAUUAAAAUUCAGCAUAACCUUUACCUUUAUGGAAGACUCUUAUUAGCGUAUGGAAGACAAAGAGGAGGGGAGAGGGAGGAGGAGAGGUCACUGUUUGGAAGGGGAAUCCCCCUUCAGAAGUACUUCAGGUAUGUAGGUCCUAUCUAGGGAUACUUCUUUUCCUUUUUUACUGGCACCAUCUGGGUUUACUUCCUCUCUUCAUUUUUACUGGCACUAUGACAAGCUUGAGAGUCACUGGACCCCUGUAGCACAACAAAACUGUCCAGACAUUUGUUUCUGGCAUCUCUUUAAAAUUUGCCUAAAGUCGAACACGACAUUGUCCAUUCCACUUAUUACAAACAUGUCCUUAAUCACUGAAGUAGGCACAUUGUGUAUGCCCGUCUGCUUUCUGAAUUUUUCAAACCAGCCGCUGCUGGCUGUAAAUUCACUAACAGCAGCACUUGUUGAAGACAUUUUCUUACUGAGAUUGGUAUGCAACAUCCUCCAACACUUUGCUAUGAGUUCUUUAUUCUUUCUUAAAUUUUAUAAUGUUUCUCACUGUUUUUUUUAACAGAAGGGCUGGCACUUGGAACUUUCUUUGGCACCAUGUUGGCGUAUUUAGCAGUUGCACUUGAAUAUAAAGGCACAAAGAAAACCACAAUGAACACAAAAGCAGAGUGGGAAAUGAGAACAUGGGAUGCUUUGUUUGGGUACUCAGUGUUGGGGGCCUAGUCGUAAGGUUGGCCCUGGAAGGAGCAUUUCCAGGUGUACAAAAACCAAAUCGUAUGAAAUCCAAGGCUUGACUGUAUCUUGUUUUUCACACUUUAUCACAUGAAACCCCAAGCGACAUGAGUAAACCUGAAGACUGACAGUAAGAGAGGCUUUUUGAACCCCAAGAUUUCUGUGUAGGUGCCUUUGAAAUGAAUAAAUGCAGGGAUGACAGCAGUAACAAUAUAGGAACACACAGUAUACUUACCCAUACCUACUUUUACAAGUGAUGCUGUAGAUUUGAGUACCUAUGUAAUGGAUGCCUUUUAUAAAGAUUUAUAUGUUGUACGUGGAUCAGAACUGUAGAUUUGAGUAUCUGUGUAAUGGAUGCCUCUACAAAGAACUAUACAUAUGUUGUACAUUGAUCAGAACAUCAACCUGAAAUGCAAAUAUUAUUUGUGAAAACCAUGCAAAGUCUAAGAUGUGCCAGUUGUACAUUUAUGAUACAAAACUGCAAUAAUCACUUAUGAGUAAAACUGAUAUGUUGACAAAAGAGGCCAAGAUGUAAAAGAGAGUUAGGGUAUACCUCAGCUUGGCAAAAGGUUUUGCAUGCCAAAAGAACUAUGUAAUUCAAAAUACUAAAGGAAAUCAACCACUGAAACAACAAAAAAAUAAAAAGAUCAUCCCAUACGGAUGCAUCAAGAAGUACCAAAUCAUUUUGAAGCAGCAGCAACCAAAGAUGAUUCCAUGGACAUUAGAAUACAUGUCAUGAAGAAAAUAAAAUUAAAAAAGACAACCAUUUUGGAGAUAAGUUAUCAAAUUUUAUUGAUAAAUUCAUAAAUAGUUAAUUAUCUUAAAUAUUGCUGAUUGUUUAUCUCUGCUGAUUAAGUUACAUGUGGUUCUUUUCUUUUCCCUUCUCUUUUAACACAAAAUGUCUCAACAUAUUCCACAUAUGCUGUACAUAUACAGUUAACAAAAUAAGUUGAAUUUAGAUAACCUUUUUUUAAUAGUCAGUUAUUUUCAAUAACCUAUACUAGUAGUAUUAAUUAACUAUCUUACAGUAGACAACCCCCCCUCCCCAUAUUCAUAGGGAAUGGGAUGGAUACCACCCCCCCCCCACGAAUACUACACAAAAUUCCUUUAAAAAGGCUUAGAGCUGCCUAUUUUGAAAGUUAAAACACAAAAACUCUUAAAAUGCUUAUACCUGAGUAUUUUAAGUUUUAUCACAAAAUGUGAAUUUUGUCAUGACAGUGGUAUGAAAAUAUAGUAAUUUGUGAAUAUUUCUGUGGAAAUUGCUGCGAAUGGGCAAAUUUUCUGUGAAUGAUUGUAUACGUAGGUAUUCUCCUUCUUAAGAUGGGGUUAGGUUCCAUAAACCCAUCGGUUGUUGAAAAAAUCAUAUCUCGAAUAUAGCCUAGCCCACAUUACACAGUAUACUCUAUACAUAUGGGGUAAAGUAAUUAUUAAUACGUAUCAGCUAAUUCUGGAGGUUCAGUGCAGAUUGACUUAUGAUAAUUCAGUACAAAGAGAAAUUGAAUAACACUGACAAGAGUUAGCCUAACAUAUACAAUGUUAUACGUAUCAUAUACAUGUACGGUAACCUAGCCUACAAUACUAAUCUAUGAUAUAAGGUAUAAUAAUUAUUAAUAUCAGCUAAUUCUGCAGGUUCAGUGUAGAUUGGCUCAUGAUAAGUACUACAAAAAGAAAUUGAAUAAUAAGAACAAGAAUCAGACUGUAGGGUCCUCACCGAGAUUCGGUUCGUUGUCGGCAUACAUGAAUGGUGUCGGACUGUUCAUGGGUACAUAUAACUAAAAAUCGGAAGAGGCAGAAGAUGAUAAAGCCACAGGAUCAUCAACUUGCUCCUCUUCAGAUAGUAAAUCUUCUUCUGUUAGUUCAGGUGUUUCAAAGAAACAGCUGUUACGAGAUGUAGAGGAUCAAGGCUCACGUAUGUGGGGAGGGCUGGGGAAGGCAAUGGCACUGGAGUCAAUCUCUUGCUAUAACAUACACAAGACAGAAUGGAAACAAAAAGUCAGCUGCAUGCUAGAAAUAUUCAACCUUUUCAGGACAUAAGAGCUCACUUAAUAGUUUAGUAACAAAAUGCUACUAAUGCAGCAGGCUAAUUCAUAUCUAUAUCUUCUCCAAAACCAACUAAGCAAACAGUCCAUGACAGGCAGAAAACACUAUUAGACCUAGUUGUAAGAAAACACAAGACAAUCAUUAGGAAGAUGCAUUGACCCUCAGCAGAUCAAAAUCAACAAAUUUAAAGAUUAAAAAGUCCACAGACACAUUGUUUUUGGUAGUACCUACUAGAAAUUAUCUUUUAAUAAUUCAUAUACAUAUAACAAAUUUUGCCAAGAUGAGGAAAAGUGUUAAGAGAAAUGUAUCUUAUAAUUAAGAUGUUUCAAGUAAAGGUACAUCCAACAAAACACCAUUCUAAAAGGUAUGUCAAAAGUUUCAGAAAAUAAUUGAAUAUUUUUCAGUUCCCAAAGGCAUGAUGCUGAAAAAAAUGUAUGAAAAAUGCAAGCUACUCAUUUGCCAAAAAUCUUUGAUCAAAGGGAUAUUUUCAUAAAUAAUCAUUCACCACAAUUCCACUUGGAUUCAUUGACUCAUUUAGGCUUUUUCAGGUAAUACCUCCAGUAAUGUGAUUUACUGCUCUUUGGGUGAAAAUAAUCCUCAACGUGUACCUAUAUUAUUUAUUUGGACAUAUUAUUUACUUGGGUUGUCCAUAUAAUAAGGUUCUCAAUGGGCUGCAGUCGCAAGGAACGCUGUUACGUGGGAUCUGGCGACACUGGCGUGUAGCUUGGUCCUCCCCCCCCUCCCCCCAUGGCGAGCUGUCUGCAAUGCUCAGCCGAUAGAGAUGGAGCUCCCACUCGCUUCUCCCGCCAGGUGCGAAUUAUGCUCUGUGAUUAGUUUUUGUGUGCAAAAAACACUGUACUGGUGGACAUUCAUUCCCAACUGUGUGAAGUCUACAGAGAAAAGUGUAUGAGCGUACAACAUGUGCGCCAAUGGUGCAGAGAAUUCAAAGACGGAUGUACAGAUGUCCGUAACACAUUUCAGAACUAGAGAGAAGCUGAAAGAAGAGGUUUUAAGCUACCUUUGCAGAGCGGCGGGAGAGUUCUACGAUUCAGGCAUAAAGAAGAUGGUACACUGCAAGCAAAAUUGCAUUGAUCUCAACAGCGAUUAUGUCGAAAAUAGGAAAAAGUCUAAGCUUUCCAAAAAUGUAUUAUUCAAUGCCAAUGAUCAUGUUUUUCAUUGUGAAAAAUCUUUGGGAACCUUCUUUUACGGACAACCCUCGUAUUUGAGCUCCAUUUAAUUUGUGCUGUGCCCCUGCCCAUGAAGACCUAAACUAGUCUAGUUCGUGAUGUACUGUAGAAUCCGCAGUAAUUUUCCUGUAUGCAGUCAAAUGCAAUAAAAUGUAAUGGGAGUGACUGAUAUGUAGAAAUAACUUAGGAACACUACCUCCAUGUAUUCCACACUGAACUGUAUGUCUAGUAAUGUUGGGUGUGGCUUCAUAGAUCAUUGCAGCUAUGCAGUAUAGUAUGUUAAUCAUUAACUGGUCUAUUGCCCUUUUAGGCUUCAAUUUCAUCAGUUGGAUUUCAGAUUUCUUCAGAGAAAAUUAAAUCCAUCCUCUUGUCUAAAAAUAUUAAAAAGUGAUUUUACACAUUUGAAAAAAUAAAUAAACUCUGAGUUAGUAGUGAAAAUUAAAUUGACAUAAAUUACGGUACCCAUAAUUAAUGUCAAAACUAGCCGUGUUGUAAGAAUAUUUUAAGCUGAAACUGAGAAGCAUGUUGAAUAUCUGAUUUCUUUAAAUACCAGUCUUUACCUGCAGUUAGGUAAAGUAUCUAUGCUGCUGUCUCCUCUGCCUUCACAUAAAAUUGUUGCUGCAUUACAAACUCUCUCAAAUAGGAAAUCAAUCUCUCUUGCUCAUGUAUUGCAUGUCCACUUAACAUAAUUUCCAGAUAACUUAAGUGCAGUAAGCUACUAAUCUAAGUCAUUUUUGUAAUCUUAACCAUUAGUGUAGUACAGUUCUAUACAUUGUUAGAACUGAUAUUAUUUUUGGGGGAAUGAAAUAUGUAACUGGUUUUAUUUUUAUUGCCUAAAUAAGUUACUUAUCGAUCUAUAUUUUAUAUGUUCAAAUGUUAUGUAUUGGUUUGCUUACAUGUUCAGCAAAUUGUCUUCUAGGCCGUUAUUUUCAACAUUAAUACGCAGUACGUACAGUGAUUCUCCUGUAAUUUUCAGCUCAGUUUUUAAACAUUAGUAACAUAAGCCAUGUAGCUUCCAUUUAUGUAGCAUCCAUUUUUUCACUUUUUAUGUAAAUAUUUUUUUUAUAUAUUUUGUACCUCUUUGGUGCUGUUAUACUUUGGUUGGGAAAACUGUAAACUUUUAAGAUGCCACAUUAGCACUGGAUACAAAAGUAUAUUAUGUAAUGUGCCACUUUUUUGUGUUCAAAAUCUUCCAGAUAGCUGCAUUUUUCUAAGUGGGUGCAGAUUUUAAAUGCAGGAAGCAGUUGAAAUCUAAUAGUAAGCAAAUCCAGGCAAAAUGCUUUUAUAUUUUUUCCCUACAAACGAUGCAAGUUUGUGUUUAAAUAUAAUAAAUCAGUGUAAUUUUGUGUUUAUAUUUUACUUUUACUGGUGUCAUAAUGCUCAGGUAAAAGAACAACAACAGAGAGCUGAUCUAUUGCCCAAGUUAACAAGAAGAUUUACUCAGGAUAAUACACUCCAUAACCAUAGGGAGUCCCUUGUCUCACCUGUGAAUUGCUCACACUCAUCCUUAGCCUAAUGGGUGAUGAAUGGUGCCAGGGAGUGUUCACUGGAUUCCCAUGUUCUUCGCCUCUUUUCUUCCUUUCUGCUUAUGAAGUCGCGGCCACUUUGUUACUAGUGAGAAAUAGCCCAUGAUGUUGUGGUGAUUUUCAUUUUUUUUUAUUAGAGGGAUUUUGAGUGAUGUGUACCUUGUAUUACUAAACUAGCAAGUUAAGUAAGCCCAUUGUGUGCAGUAUUAGUUCAGCUUAACAUUCCCUUAAGAAAGAAUUUUCAACUUUCUUACAGUACAGUAGCACAGUAAUAACAAUAAACAACACAUGCAUAUAAAGGAUAUAAAGUAUAGUUCAUAAUAUAAUGCUACUAAAUAUAAAUACAAAUAAAUCUGUAGUUUUCAGUGAAGUGACUCAAGAAGUAAUAUUUGAGUCUUCAGAACUGUUGUCUAAAAUAUUUUUGUGACGUUGAAUGGAGAUUACAUUCCAUUAGUGUGAAACUGGUGUAAAUGUUGAAAUAUGUAUGUUAGAUUCCUACAAGUAUGUCCUCUGUAUAAAGGGAAAUGAGAGUGCCUAUAAAGUAGCCAAGGCUGUAACUACUAUGACCAGAUUACACAUAACUUUCACAGUCAGCGAUUAUUCAAUGUCUAAAACCAAAUUGGUGAAUAAAUGGGAAAGGUUAUGGAGUAAUGAACUUGAUAGCAACAAAUUAAAGAAUAUAAAGUCCAUGAUUUGAAAUAUUGCACUCUUUGAACCAUGAAAAAUGCCACCCUGAAGUCCAUUUGAUCUAAUCUUUGAAUUAUGCACACUUGAUUGACGCAGGAAUAUGUAGCCCAAAUGACCCAGUCCCAAUAAAUAGAGAAUGCAGGUCAACACUAACUUUUAUACAUAAGUAUCUUAUGUAGUGCUGUAGCUUUACCACUUACUAUCAUAUUAAUCACAUGUGAUUGCUGGCAAAAGCUGCAUUUUACAUAUAAGCGAUAAGUGAAAGGUGAACCGAGAACAUUUAUUUACAUACUCAGUGAGUCAGACUACAGUAGCAACGAUAACAUAUUUAAAAGGCAAAUCAAAAUUACAGUGAAAGGUGAGAGUUACAGUUUUCACAUGAUUGCUGUACCAGCUACGGGGUAUUGUAUAUGUUGUAAUGUAAUACUCAAGUUUGGUUACUGCAUGUUUCAUUACUCAUCGGGAGACCAGACCCAUGAACCAUUCAUUUAAGCUGAGGUAACACUGUAUCUUAGUAAUAUUUUAGUCAAUCAUCAUUCCUGUAUACAAUGCAAAUGUUUUUAAUAGCAUUACCACUAGGAUGCCCUAAAGGUGUUAACUUGCAAAGCUUCAAGUUAAACCAUCAAAGGGUUAACUGAGUUUCUCAGAACUUUCUGCUACAUAAUUAUUAUUGUUAAUUGCAUUUCAAAUAGUCAUAAAUAAAUCUUAUAUAGGAUGAAAUUGAAAAGUUGUGAGGUUUUAUGUGCCAAAAGAAUUUUUCUUUUACCUUAGAUACUUUUGGAGAUAAUAGCAUUUGAAUGGCGUUAGGACUGGGCUGUGCCGGGCCAUCAGAAAUGAACCCGUUUUCAUAAAGACUGACAUUUUAAAAAUAAAUCCUACAUGGGAUGAAAUUUAAAGGUGUAAGGGUUUAUCUGCCAAAAGAAUUUUUCUGUUAUCUUUAAAACUUUAGGAGAUACUAUAAGCAUUUUAAUAAUGCUAGUGCCGAGCCGUGGCAAAAAUUUAAUGCAAUGAUUAAAACAUCAUUUAAAUGUAAAUUGAUGAUUUAUUUAAGGGAUUUUGGAAAAGGCUAAUUGGAGGGGUUGCUGUGGUAGUGUUUAACACUCGCCCAAGGUUUAUAUCGACACCUUUUUUUAUAGGUGAGUGAGUCAGAGAGUUCUGACAUGUCCAAUUUAGCAGUUCUCUGGUAUUAUAGCAAUAUUUUACUAGAAAUAACGCUAAACGGACUUAUUUCACGGAGCGACACGGCCAAGCCCAGAAAAAAUCUUAUAUGAGAUGAAAGUUAGACAUAAGGUUUUAUCUGCCAAAAGAAUUUUUCUUUUAUCUUCAAAACUUUUUGAGAUAUUAGCAUUUGAAUAGUGUUCGAGUCUAAGGCAAAAAUUUAAACAUGAUUUAAAUGUGAAUUCCUGAUUUCUUAAAAAUAAAUUUUAUAUGGGGUAAAAUUUAAAGAUGUAAGGUUGUUUGUUUCUUUUAUCUAACAUAUUUUAGAGAUACAGCGUUCCUCUCCUAUUUGCGGGGAUGCGUACCUGACCCACCCCCCCCCCCACGAAUAGCUAUAAUCCGCAAAUAGUUGAAACCCCUAUGUAUUUUUUAGUUAAAACUCAAGGGAAACCCACUAAAAAUGUUUAUAACUGGUUUUACUAAUAGUUUUGUCACAAAAUUUGCAUUUUAUGAUUUAAAAAAAGGAAUUUGUGGAUAUUUCUCAGAAAAAUACAGCGAAUCAUAAUCCGUGAAUAAGUAAGUCCAUGAAUCUGGAGUGCGUGAAUACGGAGGGGGUUGUUCACUGUAUGUAUUAGCAUUUGAAUAGCGUUUGGGGUGGGCUGCCAGAAAUGAACCCGUUUCCAGUAAAACUUCACUUCGCUUUUAAUAAUUAAAGCAUCAUUUUAAUGAGAAUCAUGAUAGUUUGACAAUAAAUCUUAUAUGUGGUGAAAUUUAAAAAAGUAAGGUUUUAUCUGCCAAAAGAAUAUUUCUUUUAUCUUCAAUACUUUUGGAGAUAUUAGUAUUUGAAUAGUGUUAGGGACUAAUGCAAUAAUUAAAACAAUUUAAAUGUGAAUUUAUGAUAUUAAAAUUCAAAACAAAUCUUAUGUGGGAUGAAAUUUAAAGAUGUAAAGUUUUAUCUGGUGAAAGGAUUUCUCUUUUGAUAUUUGGAGAUAUUAGCAUUUGAAUAGCGUUAGGGCCUGGCUACCAGAAAUGAGCCAGUUUCCAGUAAGACUUCGCUUUGCUUGUAAUCAGGUAGUUAUGCAAGAAUUAAUUGGCUGCAUAUUACAGUACAAUAUUUUAUCUUUUUUUUUAUGAUAAUUAUUUAGUCAGUCAUACUCAACUUUUAUAAAAUUGUUAUAUAAUUGUUCAAUAGCUGCAUUUCAUAAUUUCCUAGAUGAGAAGGUCCAAUUUGAUGUGUGUAAGUUAUUUUCUGUGUGUGACCAGCACCAUUGCCUCCAAUACCAUGUGAUGUAAGGGGCCUCUGAAAUUCCUCUACUUGUCUUUUCUGUACUUGAACUUCUACAUUUCUCCACUAUCUCAAGCCUCCCUUCUCAUAGUUCUCAUCUGUCUAAUUCUAGGUCUUCCAACUCUUCUGGUGACUGCAGGAGUCCAGCUUUGCUAAAGAUUUGAGUAAACUUUUGGAUACAUUGUCUUCCAAUAUCCUUGCUUAAGCCCUUUGAUCUUGAAAUGAAAUGCUUCUGAGGAUUAUAUUUGGCAGAAAAAAGUCAAUGAUCACAAAAAAACGAGAGUGCAUUGCUUAUAACUUAACCCUUAAUGGACAGAUUGAUCCUUGGGAGUAGUAAUAACAGGUUUUGGGGUGGUGGACGGAUUGAUCCUGUAGAUAAACAGUAUUAAGCGCCAUUGGUUUGGAAAGAAUCGGGCAGGAAAGAAGUGCCAAUACUUCUAUUGCCCAUAAAUUAAUGACAACUUUUACUUUGGCUUAAACCACAAAUCUCAGGACUAGUUUUGCUUGUAACUUCAAGGGGGAAUGUAUUAUGUCUCUGUCUCACAUGACAGUCUUUUUGUAAAUUUGUUCGUAAAUAUACCAAGGGAAUGCUGUUGGUUUUUUUUCUGAUCUUUUACAAAAGUAUGUCAGUUGUAAAUGUAAUUUUACAAAGAAAAGUGCAAAAAAAUAUUCGAAAAAACAUGUAAAAGUAAAAAAAGUUACUGAAUCAUCGUCCUCUGUAAAUUUAUGCAAAUAGUUUUCAACAAAUAUGCUAAGAAUUUUUUACUGAUUUUAUCUAUCAUCUGUUUAGAUAUUGCAUGAGCAGUAAUUAUAAUUUUACAAAAUAAAAUAAAAUUAGUUAUUAGAAAAACAUGUUUAAGUUGGUAAAAUUUACAAUUGUCUUGGAAAAGAGGCCCCACAAGGGGUUGUAAAUAGUCAUUUUCAACUUCUCGUGGAAUGUAGGGAAAAUUUUUUAGAAUAUUUUUCUUUCACCAUGUACAUUUGCAUAUUCUCCCCUUUCCAUUGAUGUUUUUUUCGUAAAGUGGCUAACCUCAAAGUUUAUCCGGCCUGAGGAGCUGCAUAUCGAUAUAUUUAUCUGUCAAGUAAGGGUUAAUGCCCCAAAAUCUGAUUAACAGUGGUCCAUCAAAUUAUCUGACCCAUGGUCAAAGUACCAUCUAAUUUUUAUUGUUUUGUUGAGGAGUAUUUUUGUUCUUGGAAAAGAAAAUGAAUCUUCCUGAGCAAUGAAAACCAAGAUGAUUCUCACACGACAAGCCUUAGUAUUAAAUAAAACAGAAACCCCAUUGCAAUAAUAUCAAGAGCACUCUAUAUAUUGGAAAUUAGAAAGGGAGCCAAGAAAAAUUUGUAUUUUAACACAAAAUUGGAAUUAGUACCAAGAAAUACUAUUCCCUGUUCUAUUGCAAAACCUAAAAUUAUAUAACUUUCCUCAGUAGAAAGAGACAUCUUGACAAUAAAAUGCUGCUCAAUGAAAAACUUAAGAGCAGAAAAUAAUGGUGUUUGCUUCCAAAAUAAAAAAAAAACCAGUGUUGGUGGGACUUGCCUAACCCAUGCCACUGUUGUCUGUGGAAGAGGGGUGAAUCGUGAUAUUCAAGGUAGCUGCUCUAAGACAAAAGAAAGAGCCUUCCUGCCAUGGGUCCAUUUAUAUUCCAUCACUAUACCAACAAAGGCACUACUACAGAUGAGAACAACUAUGAGAGAAUACUUUAUAUAAGUCGAUGUGCUUGUUAUUGCGUGUCACAAGUGUAGUCUUGACCGUACGUCAGAAUGACUACAUAUUGAUAUAUACCAGUUAUAAAAAAUAUACAGGAAGUAAUCUGAAGUAGAUACCAUAGAUGUAUGCUGUUGGCAUUUACCAGCAUCCUCUGAAAUCAGUUUGGAUGAACUAGUAGAUUUCAGAAACACUUGUCCUUCAAAAAUGGUGUUUCAGCAUUUUUAAAAAUAACAGAUUUUAAGAUAUACAAGUUAACAUUCAGAAUUUAAAAUAUGCUUUUCAACACCAUUGCAUUUUUACUUAAUGUGCUUUCUCCCUGCCCUUCUGAAUGGUGCAUAUUUGACAUGAAAAGCAGAGGCUAAGAGUGAAGCUAUUGAUAGGGAAGGUGACGGACUACCUCAAGGCUGUACUAGAUCUCGCCUUUUACUAAUCAGAAUUUCCAUAUUACACGUAAGCAGUAAUUCAGCACAUAAUUGCUUUACCUUCCUAGUCAGUUAUGACAGAAGUAAAAUUAAAGAAGUUUAAAUUUAUGGGAUAAAAUUACACUGUUUUAGUGUUGAAGUUUCCUUCAUACUAUUUAUCUGUUAAAGAUUCAUUUUGUUUUUAGGAACUUUUUUGCAAUUCAUGAACUAUUGUGAAAUAAAAAUUGUUGUCUGUAAAUAUUGUACUAUGUGUUUUAGUGUAAUCACUGAUGUUUGUAUUUGUGUAGGUCCGGUGUUACUAUCUUGUAAGAAGUAUUACCACCAAAAAUGAUUUUGUAAUAAGGAUAAUGGUACGAAUCAGUUGUAAUUUUAAUUAUUUAUGAAGUUUGAGACUCGCAGAAACACAGUAGUUAGGGCUGCCAAAAAUUUAAUGGUACGCAUUUUGAAGCGAUAGUUUAUUUUUAUAGUGCCGCCACUGCCAUUCUAAUAUAUUAUACAGCUUUGGCACAUGGUUGACCAGACUUUGAAUGAUUUGUAUCCUGCUCUAUGUUUAAGAGAUUGAAACUAAUACCGACAGAGCAGUACAACUAAAAUAAGAUACUUGUAAUUAUGGAUGGUCAUUUAUUUACUUAGAAAUUUGCAUCCUUUAACUGGGAAACAUUUUUUAGUUGAAUCGUUGAUAGUAUCAAUCAUUGUUAAUGAAUUAAUUAGUUUAGGAUAGUAUCAAUCAUUGUUAAUGAAUUAAUUUUGUAGGUAAUAGAAUGUCAAAGUCCAGAAUUUCAGUUCACAUUGCUAGCAGCUCAUUAGUGGAGUGAGUGCGUUGUAAAGAAGAAUUUUUCCUGUACUUUUUUUUCUUAGAAUGUUAAUAUUUUGUUGCAUACUUCUCCUGUUUCUUUGUCUAAGUUUAGGGUCUCUUGGCACUAUCCCUGUAAUUUUUCCCGUAGCAUAACUGGAUAAAAAACAA